UGAUUUGAAAGGAGUUGCAGCCAUUCCUAUUCUGGCGGAGUACAUCGGCUCAACUUUAUUUACGGAGAACCAAAAUGGCGUCACCCGGCGGGAGGAAGUCACGCGUGUUUGUCGUCACGAGCCAACACGCCGAAGACCGCGGCGGACGCGACUGAAUUACGCUGCGGUACGAGGGCCGCUAACUUUAGCGGCGAGGGCCGGGUUCUCGCUCUUGUUUUUCGGCUAACGGGAAGUCGUUCCCGAGCCCAGGGGAAGCGGUCGUCGGCCCACGCCGGCCAGGGCAAAGAGGGCGUUCCUCGGACGACUCGUCGGAUUGAGAAUCUUCCGGUGCCGGCUGAAUGAUUACACGCCGCGCUCGGACUUUGACCUCACGUCGCAAGCGACGGCCGGUUGAGCGCCAAAAAACGCGGGGAGCAAACUGCAAAAUGAUCGCUUGAACGAGCGCCAGCUCAACUAGCGCGCCAACUAGCCGACGCCUGCGACCGCACGAAAAGCGCCCGAAGACCGCCCUGAACGAGCCCCCCCCCCCCAGCUCCCGCGCAAGCAAAAGCGUCGGAGACCGUCAAAAGCGCCGCCUGAACUUCUCCAGCCGCCAGGAUGGCAACGCGGUACCAAAGCGCGGAGCGCCGGGACGCCACGGCGGAGAGUCCGGAGGGGCCCGAGCGGCGGCGCUACGUGCGGCGAGAGGGCGGCUGCAACGUGGUUUUCCGCCACCUUCCCGAGGAGUGGCUCCUGUUCGUCACGGACAUCUUCACCACCCUGGUGGAGAUCCGCUGGCGGGUCAUGCUCCUCAUCUUCGCGCUGUCCUACAUCCUGUCCUGGCUUUUCUUCGGCACGGUCUACUGGGUCAUGGCGCUGGCCCACGGCGACGUCCGGGACCGCGAGACGGCGCCGUGCGUCUACGAGGUGCGCAGCUUCACCGCCGCCUUCCUCUUCUCGCUGGAGACUCAGACCACCAUCGGCUACGGCGCCAGAGGGAUGUCGGAGAACUGCGCCGCGGCCGUGGCGGCGGUGACGCUCCAGGACGUGGUCAGCUGCUUCAUCAACACCUUCGUCAUCGGCGUGGCCGUCUCCAAGAUGGCCUCGGCCAAGAAGCGAGCGCAGACGGUGGGCUUCAGCAGCCGGGCCGUGGUCAACCUCCGCGACGGCCACCUCUGCCUCUCGUGGCGCGUGGGCGACUUCCGGCGCAACCGGCUGGUGGAGGGCACGGCGAGCGCUCAGCUGGUCCGGGCCGUCGCCCACGCCGCCGGCCGGCUGGAGGUCACCUACCGGGAUCUGCUCAUCCAGCAGCCCCGGCUGGUCCUGGUGGCGCCCACCGCCGUCUGCCACCGCAUCCAGGAGGGCAGCCCGCUCUACGGGAUGAGCCCGGCGCAGCUGCGGCGCUCCGACCUGGAAGUGGUGGCGUCCUUCACGUACACGGACGACAGCACGGGAACGCUGCAGCAGACGCGGACGUCCUACACGCGGGACGACAUCUUGUGGGGUCACGUCUUCCAGGAGAUGAUCCGGGCCGGCCGCAGGCGCUACACCGUCGACUACGUGCUCUUCAACCGGACCGCCGAGGUCCCGGUGCCCGACGGGGAAACGUAGCCCGAAGGCUCGAAAGUUACGCUUGAAAAUGCGACCGAAGAAGGAGAAGACCUUGACGCUUCUCCGCCGUGCGAGAUUGUUUUACUAGAAGUUCCUUACGGAAUCUUGGACUUGGACCUCCUCGCGGAACCGACAACUUCUGUGAGGAACUUCUAGUAAAAAAAAAAAAAAAAAAAAAGUCAUCAGCAAAAUGUCCACUCGGACCUUCUCGCGUGAUCCCGUUCCGCAGCUGACGCGCAUGUCACGUGACCUCCGGGUCAAAAAGUCCACCAGAACCUCAACUUGGGUCUGUUGGGAGGGGCUGCAGUUCACCUGUGUCGAUGUUUUACAAUCACAAUUUAUUUUGAUUGAACUUGUAUGCGGAACCCGUUUCAACAAAAUCAUUUCUUAACCCUUCCAAGUGUCCGUUUUUGAAUAUUUGAACUCAGUGGAUGACCCAAAAAAAAGAGUUGACAUUUGACAAAUAAAAUGGCCGCUUCUCUUGAGUUGAACACCUGGGC